AGACUUGAAACCCAUGUGUCUUACAGACCUGACCUAAACGAGCUCGGAGAUCAGAUCAUCUGCACGUCUUCAGAGCCUCGGAGCUCCUUUCCAUUCCCCCUGCGUUCUAGUCGGUACCUCCGAGUUUUCCCGUCAGGAGCCCCAGCGAGAGCUCCACACACCCCGGCCUCCAAGCUGUCUCUGCGUCUGUUCCCUUCCAUCAUCGUGGACAACGACGAUGACGACGAUGGAAACUUCACCAAAUGGAUGAGCAGCUACUGGGGACACGGAGGCAGAGACGAGCGAGCUAAGGAGCGCAAGAGGAGCUUCAGGAGGUCCAGACAGUCCACGAGUGACCGCCGGGCUUCACUGCCCUGCAUGUCCCAGCUGGAGGCCAUGCGUCUGAAACAUCCUUCGACUCCCAGUCACUUAAAGAGCCAUGAGGAGAAGGAGGUGCGGUCCCACCCUCACGCUCGCCGCGUCUCCUCGGACGAAUACAGAGGGAAUAAAGCUGUCGGAGCUGAGAGUCGCAUCAGCACCGUCCCUGAGCUGACGGAGUCCUUCAAGAGGAUGCUGCGCUUCCGCAACCACAGAGUCCCGUCACUGACUGAUUCGGAUAGCGCCUGUCUGAUCUGCCGUGAAGAAAUGCGCAGGAGAGGUGGAGAACCAGGAAGAUCAGGCCAAGAACUUCACUGUUCUCAUCGCCUCCAUAAAGAGGUGAGGAGGCUGGAGCAGGGUGCGCGUCGACGUAGCCAGAGUUCUGCCGCUGUGCGUGAAAACAGGAAGGAAGUACCAUUCUGCAGCGAGCAGGAAGAACACCGUCUGCCCCGCCAACAUCGGUCUCUACGCAGACAACGCUGAGCUGAGACACACCGAGCAUUUCGAUACGAGAUCGCAGUCAUGACUCAAUUCUUUCUCAGUAAAAUCUUUCCUUCCUUGCUUUUUAGGCAUUUUUUUUUUGUUCUCUAAUUUUCCUUAUACGGGUAACGCUUCCUAUUCUUGUUUCCUGUUUCCAUGGUACUUAAUUUGUCAGACCUGUUCUUUUGUGUGGUACAGGUGUGACUAAUUAAGUCAGGGAUUGAUUAGAUGUAGGAUCUCAGCUACAUUCCUAGUAUAAGAAGAAAAUUCAAACUUCUGCAUAUUCAAUUCAAUUCAAUUUGAUUUGUAUAGCGCUUUUUACAAUAGACAUUGUCUCAAAGCAGCUUUACAGAAAUAUCAACACGGUAUACAGAUAUUAAAGGUGCGAAUUUAUCCCAACUGAGCAAGACACUGAGUGGCGACGGUGGCAAGGAAAAACUCCCUAAGAUGUUUUAAGAGGAAGAAACCUUGAGAGGAACCCGACUCAGAAGGGAACCCGUCCUCAUCUGGGUAACAACCGAUAGUGUGAAAAAGUUCAUUAUGGAUUUAUAUGAAGUCUGUAUGGCGUUAGGAGCAGCCGUAGUCCCAGCAGUCUGGAAUUAGAGAAGAUUUGAGCUCCAUCCAGAGGCAGAAAGGAUCUGGAUCUCUAGUAUCUCCAUAAAUUCUAUCCCUGUUUUUUUUUUUUUUUUUUUGGCUUAAAGGCGAGUGCUCGAGUUUAAACUCAGUGGUUUAGACUUUAUUGAGAAACCCCAUGUUAGCGUGAACUACGCGAAACUGAUUUUAACAAUAUGAAUGCCACGCCCUCAAAAAUCGAGCUAAGCUGCCGCGUAACUCAACUCUGAAUAUGUGUAACUUUCUCCAUGCAAAUAUUCAUGUAACCUUUGGAGUUACGUCGCUAAAUCUGUUACAUACCUUCAAUUCUGCAGAUUAAUAAGCAAGCAUCCAUAUAUAUAUAUAUCUGGAAAUACAGAUUCCAUAUGAUGGGAUUUAUGUAAAUUUUAUGUAAAGUCAUUUGGAUCAUUUUCUACUUAUCCUCAUUUCCUCCUCAUAACAAAUUCCAGUCUUCUUCUCUUGCUCUCUCUCUCUUUUUCUUUUCUUUCUUUUUUUUUUUUUACUAUUAAUAAACCUGCUGCCCUUUUACAUCAUGUCAAAAAGGUUUGAAAUUUGUGUCAUUUUUUUUUUCUAUACAAUUACAGCAUCCAGUUCAUUUAAAUAUCCAUAAGUUCAUUGUAUAUAUUGUUUGCAAUACCUUGAAUGGUGUGAGUUUUCUGAUUUAAUCCUAUUCUCGACAAUAUACUGUACUUUAACCCAUUGUUUCUUGUUUUUUUUUUUUGUUGUUGUUUUUUUACUUUUUACCUACUGUAAACACAACCGCCCUGUUCAUUGGGAA